AUGACAUCUGAAACCACUGCCAAAGCUAAGGCGGAACAGAAGGGUCCCAUGUUGGGCACUGUUUGGUGGGUGUUGACCAUUCUUGUGUUUUCCUUGACAGUCGGAUUGGAUAAAGCGUACAAUGCUCUCCAUUUGGUGUUUGGAUUACGUGCCUUGGUAGCAAUGCUGGGCUAUUUGAUUAUGCAAGUGGGCUUAUGGCAAGCUGAAUUCAAGUGGGAUGAAGAAGGUUCCGCUGCAUACUUGGACGCAGCCAAGAAGGAUAAGGGUCUAACGCCUGAAGAGCUGGAAGCCAUGGACAUGGGUGACGAUGUUGUCAUCCCUGAUGACCAGAAGCAAGCCGCCUUCCCCACUCCUUGGGGAUUUCUCAUUGGCUGGUGGGUUUGGGGAUUGAGCUAUAUCUUCCCCAUUGAUGGGACAGCCAGCAUUAAACCUACUCCCUAUGGAAUCAUUGCCUUCGUCGUGUGCAUCUAUGUCAGUUUUGUUGCCAGUGUUCCCAUGGCGGAUGCUGUCAUGCAUCGAGAUCCCAAGAAAAAGAUGAUGCUCUCCUUGCAGUUUCUGAUGGGCUGGAUUACCUUGGGAGUCAUGUCUUCAUUGGAUGCGGGCGAACAGCUGGGGUCCUUCAGCAAUGGCUCGGUCUGGGUCCUUUGUAUGAUGGGUCCCUUCACUAUCAUUUUGUCCCAAAAGAUCCUCUUUGCAAGUCGCAAGAUGGGCACACUUUGGGAAGAUUCUGGAAAACCAAACUUUCAUCCCAUUGUCUACAACAUGGGCGGCCCUUUGUUUGUUUGGGGUUGGUUCAUGUUCUUUUUGGGCGUUUGUGCCAUUCCUACCCUUGUAUCCAUGGAUGAUGAUAUCUAUGCCCAGCCCGAUUCCGGUCCCAAAAUCCUUCCACUCUUUCUCAACUGGCGCACCUUGUUUGCUUUUGCCGGUGGAUGCGCCAUGGUUCCGGUGGUGCGUUUCCUUGACUAUUCGCACGAUGAAGACGGGCCCUGGUGUGGCGCCAACUCGGAAGGCAAGGUCUUUUCCAAAUGGUGGUUGGGAACCGACGGAACAUACUUUGGUCUCUUUUUGGAAUCGCCCUGGCCCUUUGUCAUUGCCUGGUGUGUCUUUGGCUUUUCAAGCUUCUGGACAUUUGACAAUCGCAUUGAUCCCGACGCAUGGGCCAUUCUCAUGUUGGUGAAUUGCUUCCUCCAGGCAAUCGACGCUGGAAUCCUCAUUCAACAGAAUCUUUACGCUGGUAACAUGAAAGGAAAAACCAUCUUCUCGGUGCCCUUUGUGAUUUUGUUCCUCCUGCUGGCCAUCAACAUUGGACAGCAUUGGGGCUGGCGCGCCCUGGCCCUCUCGUUGCCAGGAGCCGUGCUCAUCGUUCUCGGGCAAAAGACAGUGUUUGGAGCUCGGAAACGUGGAGAUUACACCAUGCAAAAUGACGGAAAAGCCAACCCGUACGACAAGGUCUUUGUCUACACCUGGGGCGAAGUGUUCUUCAUGAUUGGAUGGAUCAGUAUCAGUUGGGGAGCUUCCAUGCCCUAG